AUGAUGACAAGACCAGGGAAAACCAUUUUUUCUCUGGGGUGGAUAUUUCUAUGGCUUGUUGGAAGAGAAAGAAUUAAAGGAUUUAAUCUUCCAGAUUGUUCUAUCCAAAACACUAUUUGGACAUAUUCUUCAAGGAGGGAGGAAGAGUUUGUCUUAUUUUGUGAUUUACAAAAUGACAGUGCUAAUAACCUGUCUGUCCAGUGGUAUUUACAACCACAAAAUGGAGAGCCAUUAAGAGAAGUUACAAAAAACUACCCACACAUUAUCAAGAAAGAUACCAUCUUACAUUUUUUAACCAUAGGGGUUAAUGAUUCUGGUUCAUACAUAUGUAGACCUGUUAUGAGGAGCCCCCAAGAUAUGACUUUCUGUGUAAAUACAGUUUUGGAAGUGAAAAAUAAGACAAAAGAAUCCUGUGUGAGCACUGUAUCACAUAAGCAAGAACUUGUUAUUAGCAAAAGUUUCUCUGUUUUUUGCCCCUGUCUUAGCAACCAAAGUAAUGCAAAAAGAUCAGAGGUGACCUGGUAUAAGAAUGGAUUUCGCCUCCCCGACAAAAGGGAGAACCCACUAUCCUUUGGCAGAAAUAUUUUUGAUGGUGAUGAGGGCAUGUAUACCUGUGAUUACACUCAGUCGGAUAAUGCAAGCUCGUGGACAGUCAGAGCUGUUGUUCAAGUGAGAACUAUUGUAAAAGACACUACACAAAAACCAAAUAUUCUGGAUCCUAUCAAUAACACUGUGGAAGUAGAACUUGGAAAGCCUUUAACUCUUAACUGCACAGUACUAUUUGGCUUCCAAAGAAUCUUUAAGCCUGUGUUAAAAUGGUACAUCAAAGAUUCUGAUCAGGAAUGGGAUGUGACAACGCCUAAGCCGAUAAGUAUUGAAUCCACCAAAGAGUUUGACAAAAUUAAGCGUCUUCUCUUCUUGAAAGAAGUGACUCAGAGUGAUCUUCAGAAAAAAUUCAUUUGCUUUGCACAAAACUCUAUUGGAAAUGUAACCCGAUCCAUUCAGCUGAAAGCCAAGAAAGGAGUGGUCUUCAUCUAUGUCCUCCUUAGCACCAUCAUGGGCCUAGCAGGUGUGCUCAUGUUGUGUGCUUUCCUCUACAUCUACUGGAUUGAAAUAGUGCUGCUCUACAGAACUUACUGUAACAAGGAUGAAACAGUCGGAGAUGAAAAGGAAUUCGAUGCCUUCAUAUCCUAUGCAAAAUGGAAUUCUUUUGAAACCCAGGCCUCUUCAUUACUGAGUGAGGAGUACUUGGCCCUGAAUCUAUUCCCUGAAGUUUUGGAAAACAAAUAUGGAUACACCUUAUGUUUGCUAGAAAGAGAUAUAGCUCCAGGAGGAGCAUAUGCAGAAGACAUUGUGAAAAUUAUCAAGAAAAGCAGAAGAGGAAUAUUUAUCUUGAGCCCUCACUACAUCAAUGGAUCUGGUAUCUUUGAACUACAAGCAGCAGCAAAUCUUGCCUUGAAUGAUCAUACACUCAAAUUGAUUUUAAUUAAGUUCUGUUCUUUCAAAGAACCAGUCGUUCUACCUCAUCUAGUGAAGAAAGCACUCAAGGUUUUGCCCACAGUCACCUGGAGAGGUUUAAAAUCAGUUCCCCCAAAUUCCAGAUUCUGGACUCAAAUCCGCUACCACAUGCCAGUGAAACACUCAAAUGAAUUCAUAUGGAACCAGCUGGAUGUGAUCCAAAGAGUUCUUUGCUGGAAAAAACACAGCAGCACAGACACCACUGGGAGGAGCUCUCAGCCUAGAGAAGGUGGCACUGUAUUGCCACCCUGA